AUGGAACUAAUUGAACUAAUUCCAAUAGAACCAAUCAUAACAAUUGAUAACAAAAGUGAAACAGACAAUACUGUUGUCAGUGACGAUAAACAAGACCAGAAAUCUGAAGAAGUUGUUGAAGUAAGCAAUGGGCGAUCUAGACCAAGAGAAUCAAAAGGAAAACAAAAGGAAGAUCAAAGCGAUGAUGAAAAAGAUCCUGUAAAAGCCUUUUUAGAAAAAUGGAAAUUUGAAGAUCCUGGAAUAUGUUGUGUGUGUCUUGAAGGCGCAACUGCCGAAGAAAAUAUGUUAGUGUAUUGUGAUGGCCAGGAAUAUCCUUGGUACUGUGACAAAUGUCUUGCAAAACCAUCUGAAGUGGUGUCAUGUAUUUUAUGUCCAAAAAAAACUGGAGCAUUUCGUAGAUUGCAGGAAGAAGAAGGCUUCAAAACAGAUGCGUGGGUCCAUUUAGUUUGUGCCUUAUGGAUGCCAGGAAUGUGGAUAGCCAAUACUCAAGGAUUAAAUGAGUGCUCUAUCAUUAGUGUUGAAAAGACAAAUUGGAUAAAGGAUUGUUGUAUAUGUCCUAAAGAACUUGCUAGUCAAGGUGCGACUGUUCAUUGUGAUGCAGGCGGCUGUAAAAAUUGGAUACAUGUAACUUGUGCUCAAUCUUAUAAUCUUUUGGAAUAUGAGGAUGAUUCUGAAAUGUCAGAUCCUUAUUUUGUUUAUUGUAAAGAACAUUGUUCACAAGCUGGCACUGUUCGUUUAAAUGAAUGGGAAAGGUGGAUUUUAAAACGUGAUAAAUUUUUAGACAAUGUUAGGUCUGAAGAGUUACAAAAAAGAAACAAUAAACUCACAAGUGAGUUAAUAGAUCAAGGAAAAAUACUCAGGGAAAUUUUUGAAGAUAAUUAUUCUGAAUACCAGAAACGUCGAGAAAAACAAAUAGUCAAACUUAGAAAAAACGUUGCUCAGCUAUAUUCAGAGUAUAAAGGAGAUAAGGACAAGAUAAGUAGAGGGGAGGAGCAAAUUGAAUCCUUGGAACAAAAAAAAAGGACUGUAAAAUCAGAAACAAUCGAAUUAGCAAAUUAUUUAAACAGAUUAAGAUUUAGAGUAAAAGCUUUUGUUGAAAAGAUGAUUAAAAAAGAUGCAGAUGAUAGCAAUAUCAUUAAUAAUAAUGUUGAGAUAAAACAAUAUACUGAAUGCUCAACUUACAAAGAAGCAGAAAGACAAAUAAGAGAUGGAUUAAUAGAAAAGUCAAUGAUUGAAAUUCAACGAUUAUUGGCUAAAUUGCCAAAUUCAAUAUCAGAUUGGAAUAAUAAUAAUGUGGAAGAAGCAAAAACAAUUAAUAUUAAAAAGUUAGAUAUUGAAGAAAUUGAAACAUUAGGAUUAGAUAAUGCUCAAAAAAUUCUUGUUCAAAGACAAAAGGAACGUAAACAAAAAGGUAAAAAGGGUAAAAAAACUACAACAACCGCUACUAAUAAUGGCAAAAGUAAAACACCCAAGAAAAAUCUUAAGGUUUCAAGAACUACUUCAACAUCUUCAAAUAAUGGAUCUGAAGCAUUUGAUACACCAUCAAGAGUAAUUGUGGCCGAUGAAGAUGAUCUUAAUGAUUCUGCAAUUGAUGUUGUUCCUGACAUCAUAUAUUACGAUAAUAACAAAAGAUUCAUAUCAAAUAAUGACGCGUCUUUUACCAAACAAGGCACAGCAAAUAAAAUUGUUAAAAUAAUUAUUCCCUGA